AUGGACGUUGCAAUCCAAGCGAUCACUGUCCACACCUUGUCUAAGUAUCGUGUGGAUAUCGCUUGUUUGUCAGAGGUCCGUCUUCCUCACUUUGGAUCUCGAGAAAUUAUUAACCGUUUUAAGGGUAAGUUCUGCAAUAUCUCGGUCAUCAGUGUCUAUGCUCCAACGUUGUCGGCAGAUGACCGUGAUAAAGACAAUCUCUAUGCGGAACUUCAACUACUAACAAAGUCUCUACCGAAACAUUUCAUGGUCAUAGUCGGCGGAGACUGGGAUGCAUGCGUAGGUUAUAAUGCGAUGACCUCUACUGGAAAAUAUGGCAUCGGAGACCAUUGCGCUAGUGGGGAACGCAUUCUUCGUUAUGCCAAAGAGCGUGAACUUUUUAUUACUAAUACUUGCUUCAGGCGUCGUAGAAAACAUCUAGUCACGUGGAAUUCCCCGAAUAACCAGCAUUUCAACCAGAUUGAUUAUAGUCAGUCAUCCUUGGAAGAGUUCCGUACUAAAUAG